ACAUACUAGUGUGGGUCUUUUAGCACAGGACCCCAGGAGCACGUUGAAAUGUUUACGAUUAAGUCUCUCGGUGAAGUUGUAGACCUGAAUAAGUGCUAGUAACUUAACAACUGUCAAAAAUAAUUACCGAAUGUAUGAAGAUACUAUAAUAAAUCAGCAACAAGCAAGGGUUCGCAUAGAAUAGCUGAGAAUGAAAAGCAUUGCGAGUUAGCUAGCUGAGCUAACUAAUAUUUUAGGUAGCCGUCGAUAACUGCGAAAACCGUUUCAGGCACUAGCAAGAGCGGUUUGUUAUCUGUAUACUGAAGUUGAGACAAUAUGGCAUCAUCUCUGGUAGUUCCAGUUAUUGAUGUCCAGAAUGAUAAUUUCAAAGAGCUUUGGCCUGCUAUGGUAUUGGCCAUUAAAUCGUCUUCAUUCGUUGCACUGGACACGGAGCUGAGUGGUCUUGGAAACAGGAAAUCGUUGCUGGCUGAAUCUAUAGAGGACAGAUACAAAGCCAUAUGCCACGCAGCUCGCUCCCGCUCCAUCCUCUCCUUGGGAAUUGCCUGUUACAAGAAACAGGACUACAAGGCUGCAGACACAUACCUGGUCCAGGUCUAUAACCUCACCCUGCUGUGUUCAGAGGAGUACAUCAUAGAGCCCCAAUCAGUCCAGUUCCUGGUACAGCAUGGAUUUGACUUUAACAAGCAGUAUGCCCAUGGAAUCCCUUACUGCAAGGGCAAUAAUAAGGGUGGAACAGAUGACCGAGGAGUCCACAUCCGGGCCUUAUUCACUGAACUGCUGCGUGCUAAGAAACCGCUCGUGCUCCACAACGGCCUCAUCGACAUGGCCUUCCUUUACCAGAGUUUUUAUGCUCAUCUGCCCGAGCGCUUGGCCACCUUCACAGCCGACCUGUCUGAGAUGUUUCCUGCUGGAAUCUACGACACCAAAUAUGUCACUGAAUUUGAACUGCGCCUCACUGCCUCCUAUCUGGAGUAUGCCUAUAAGAAAUGUAAGCUGGAUAACAGUCGCAGUGUGACCUCUGGAGGGAGCAGGCCUCACAUUUAUGUAGAGUUCUGUCAGUAUGCCAGUCAUAUGUCCAGCUAUGUGGACUACAGAGUGUGUCCAGCUGUGGCCUAUCCUGAGGGACAGACUAAUAUCUGCCAGCGCUUCUCUGCGUUUGGCUGGUGUCCAGACGGCACCCAGUGUCCAUUAUCCCAUGACACUGACCUGAUCAUCCUCCAAGACGAGAAAGGCCUGGGCGAUAAGAGAAAGAAGAGGAAGAGACAGAAAGAGAAGAGAGGCGGAGGCAACGCAGUGGAGGGCUCUUCCAUCUUUGACGGGGCCCCAGAAAACAAAAUACCCCAUAUGGAGGUGGAUCCGGAAGUGGCAUCAGGUGAUCAGCAAAGGGCUGAGCCAUGCUGUGAACCUCUGAUGGACAGUGACAGAAACACCCAACAGAAUGAAGGAGAGAACAUGAAAACAGACAGCGAGGGGAACGGAGUGUGUGAAGACAGCACAGACUUAGAAGAAACUGCAACAAGCGAUGGUGGUGUAAACAAUGGUGGAGAAAGCACAACAGAAGAUGGAGGGAAAGAAAAGUUCAUUGACCAAACAUCUAAGACUGGUGAUCAGAAGAAGAAGGCUGAUGCAGGAACACACCGGGCGGGGUUCGAUGCCUUCAUGACAGGAUACAUCUUUGCCUACUCUUGUACCUGCAUCAGAAAGGACGGAGUGGGAGGCGUAGAGGAGCAGGAGCAGCAGUCAUGGCUUCCUUCCUGCCUCAAUAAGGUCUACCUCAGCGGCAAGGCAGCUCCUCUCAACGUGGUUAGAAGCACCUUCUCCAAGUCAUCCAAGGCCCAUGUGCAGAAGAUGGAGAUGGUCUGGGGAAGGAAAACGUAGCACGCACACUUGCACACACCAGGGCAGCUAUAGCACAUACAUCACGGUUAAGGUUGACAGCGUGACAAGAUGUCAGUCCACCACUCUUCUGCCACCAUGAGGUUGACAUUUUUGUUUUAUAGUGAAAUGUGUUGACAACUGCUGUAUGGUUUGCUGUGGUAGUGAUGUCCAUGUCCGGUAUCGGAUAUUAGCAUGCCAAACGCUGAGCUAAGAUGGUGAACAUGUUGGCAUAAUCAUUGUGAGGAUGUUUGUCCUGCCAUUAGCAGUUUGCUCAACGCACCGUUAUGCAUUAGAGAGCUGUGAGUUAUAGCUAUGGCUAUAGACUCAUAGUUUUAUUUCUGGUGUUUACUGAGCAUUACGUUCUCAAAAAGCCACCAGCAUGGCAGAGAUUUCAGUUGACUUUUGAAGAACGUUGGAACCUUUGGGAUAAAGGUCAUUUUAUGUUCAUGGCAAACCUGUCUGACAGUGAAGAGAAAAAGAUUUUGUCACAUUUUUUCAUACAUUUUGCUCUGUUUUUAUGCUCUUGCGCUUAUUUAGAAUUCUCCUGUGGAUGUUUGACAGAAUAAUCACCCUGCAUAAAACCAUAAUGACACGAGUAAAACCAGAAAUAAAUUGCAGUGCAGAAGCACCUGUUUUUGUUUCGUUAACUAGGAUUACUAAGGUUUCUGUGAAAGCAGCCAAGGUCAAAUCAUGUGCUUUUAUUCCACAAUUCAGAUUUUGUAAUAUGACCCCUUUCUGAAAUAAACUAACAGUGCUUUAACAGUG